GGGGCACCGAACCUCAUACACUUGGUUCAUAACGACGAGCUAGUGGCUACCUACUUGGAGGUUGCGUAGCUCAGACCGUUCCAGUUAUCUCAGUAUCGAAGUCGCGACGCCCCAUCUUCGCAACAACUCAUCGUUCGUACGCACUACAAGCCUGGCUUGGGAUAGUCAACCACGAACUUGGUCGAGCGCACAUCGCAACGCCCUUCCCGCCCCACAGCGCGCUCAUUGCCUUAGGCCCAUACAUGAAAGAAAGACUCACCCAGUUAAUUUGAAACAAGAAGGAACCACUCUGGCACUCAUCAAUGCAUCAUGCCUUCGGCCGAUUUAGCUGAGUGGGAGCUUCCACGGUUGCGUGCAUCUUUUCUGUUUCAGGAUGACUACAAAUAUCUCUCCCCAAAUGAUCAAGCAGCGAGCCAGGACCUGGCUGAGUUCUUCGACGUCAAGUUCUAUCCAUACAACCGUCCGGGAGCUCCGCCGGUUUUCGCGGCCACAAGCAAGAAGCAUGCUGUCAUUUGUCGGUUGAACCAGACGGAUAGGGAUGCCCAACCCUGUGAGAUAAUCCAGCUCAUCAGGGACGAUAGCGACGAUGCCAACUGCGCUAGCUGCUGGUCAAAAGACCCGUUAACCAACGAACCACUGCUCUGCGUCGCCGGCACCAGCUCCAACAUCAAGAUCUACAAUGUGAAGCAGGGGAAGUUGGCCAAGACGCUCGUCGGCCAUGGAGGUGGCAUCAACGACAUCGUCACUUCGCCAGCUAAUCCGCUCAUCAUAGCGUCUGCGUCAGACGACACGACUAUACGGAUAUGGAGCCUCGCGCCGGCCCACGAGAAGCAACCCUGCGUCUGCAUCCUCGGCGGCGAAAGCCACUCCUACGACCUGCUCAGUGUUGCUUUCCACGACAACGGGCGCUAUCUCCUAUCUACCGGCCACGAUCAGGUCAUCAACCUAUGGGCGCUCCCCGAAUUCCCAACCGAACACAUCGACAUCCCCAUCGUCAUACAAUAUCCCCACUUCUCCUCCUCCGAAAUCCAUAACAACCUUGUUGACUGCGUCGCCUUUCACGGCGAUCUCAUCCUCUCGCGCGCCUGCCACGAGGACACGAUCGUGCUCUGGCAGGUUGAGGGCUUCUCCUCGGCCGAUCCAAUCCCCGGACCCCUUGACGCGCCCACGCCGACCGACAUGGCCAAGCAGACGCGUUCCUACUUCGCGCCCACACUGUCCCAGUCCCGCCCGGCCAUGUUCACCCGCCUGGCCCAGUUCCACACCCCAGACUGCGGCGUGCAAUUCUUCAUGCGCUUUCGCAUGUUCCACGCCCCCGGCAAGCACCCGAUCCUGGCCUUCGCCAACGCCAAAUCCAAGACGUUCUUCUGGGACUUUGCCCGGUUCGGGUCGUACAGCCGCUACAUGGCCGAGCUUCGGGAGGCCAGGGAGGCCGGCCGGCCGUCGGUUGGCGAGGGCGGCGUGCAAAAGCCUGCUUGGCUGAUGGUCAAGAGGGGGAAGAAGACGGCAACUGCGGCGACGGCAACUGGCGCGGCUGGCGACGGGACAACCAGUCUGAGGUCGUUUGUCAUGGGCGGUAGUGGCGGUGCCGGGAGCGGUGCGGGGGACAAGGAGUCGAUGGUCUCGGCCAGUCCGGACCCGGAGAGCGUGACGGGGCUGGGCCACAGCAGGGAGACGCUGCAGGCUUGGGCAGAGAUGUACGACCUGUCGAAUCCGGUGGGGCAGAUCAAGGCACAUCGCACCGUGCAAGUUGAAGGGGGUUUCGUAGGGAGGCAGGUCGGUUGGAGCCCCGAGGGAGAAUGGUGCGUAGUGGUGGGCAACGGGAAUCGGGCGCUGAUUUACCAGCGAUGGGCGAAGGAGAAGGGUGUGGCCACGACUAUCGCGUGAGGUUGCAUGUAGUGUACAAUCGGGGCUGCAGUCGCGGGGACGCUCUCGCGAGAA